AUUAGGCACAGCAAAGUCGAGAGCAAGGUAAAAUGGCAGCACCUAACAAUCAACCACCAGCUCCAGAAAAUGCUUCUUCUUUGUCUCCAAGUGAAGCAAGGGAUAUAUUUCGAGUCAAUAAGUACUAUGGCACCACUGCUGGAUUCUGCAUGGAUUAUGUGCAGGCUAACUUAGUUGUUGUUCCCUCGUCUCUGGCCGAUGAGCUGAAGGAGUUCUGUGCUCGUAACUCUGCGGCACUGCCUGUACUGUAUGUCAGUCAAACAGGAGAAACCGGUGCUCCUCCAUUAGCUAAAGACUCUGACGUUAGAACAGACAUCCCUAGAUACAUAAUCUUUAGUCAUGGAAGACAGGUACAUGACAUGCUUGAUCUCCAUGGUUUUGACUGGAAGGAUUGCGUCUCAUUUUACCUUGGCUGCAGUUUCUCGUUUGAGAAACCUUUACUGGACGCUGGACUCUCCAUCUCUCACCUAAAGGAUAAGAAGCUUGUGAGUAUUUACGUGUCCGGUAUCGACUGCUAUGAUGUGGGAGAAAGACUGAGAGGAGUCAAAAUGACCCUUACAAUGCGACCAAUCAAUAAAAAGCAGCUCCUAGAUGCUGUUGCCAUUACUUCUUGCUACCCGGUUUCAGCUCACGGCGCUCCUAUACAUAUCGGAGACCCAAGUCUCAUUGGUAUAGAGGAUAUACACACGGAUGCAAUGGGAAGCACGGCGGUAAUACCCGAGGGUAUGGUACCUGUGUUCUGGGCUUGUGGAGUGACUGUAAGAGAAGCAAUGAAGGCAUUGGGAGCGGACUUGUCAUUCACACAUUAUCCUGGCUCAAUGUUCAUCACUGACGUGACUACCGACUCAACAAAGAAAGAACCCACCUCAGAUUCCGAGAAACCCGUUGUCAUUCAGAUCUCUCCAUCUCAGAGACCUUACUGGGGAUCUGUGCUAUCUGUUGAGGCUCAAAGGAAGAUCCAAGCACUGGAGGAGAUCAUACUUGAUGAUCCUAACUCUUGCAACGUGAGAGAAAUAAGAGAAGAAGGCGAUUAUUUAAAAUCCUUGCUAGUUCUCUCUCAUUCUCAAUACAUUGGACUCAUUUUUGGUUUUCCUGCAAACUCUUUGAUCCAAUCCGGAGCCUCUCCUCUUGAUUUUACGUGUGAAGAAACUGACGGUCCUCCUGGUGCCUUCUCUUUAGUGCAAGCACUGCAGACCUUAUCGAAAAAGGUUGCCAUCAUUUCAGAGAAACGCAAUGAAGAGCUAGUCAAAAAAUGUUCGGAUUUCCUGAUGUCUUCUGGAGCAUUAAAGUCUCCACUUGACUUCAUCUCUUGUGAAGAAAUACUCCAAAGCGAGUUGCUAGAUUUCGAUGUCUUGCUCUCCAUAGAGAGAUCAGGGAAGGCUCAAGACGGCUGCAACUACACCUGCAAAGGAAGAGACAUAACUAAAUUACUAGACCCGAUUGAUGAGCUGUUUAAAAGAGAACAAAAAAGCAACAGGUUGAUCACCAUCAGCAUAGGAGACAGGGGCAAUGAGCUUGGACUAGGUAGAGUUAGAGAUAAAGUUAACAAGUACAUGAAUGGCGGGCCUCAAUACGGCUGUGACAUCUCUAGUGAUUAUGUUAUUCUUUCUGGUGUUUCUAAUUGGGGUGGAUAUGCUCUUUCUUCCGGCUUGUAUCUGCUUGCUAAUUGUCCCGUCCAUAGCAGAUAUGUGAAAAGAGGAGUGAAUGUGGAUGAAAAAAAUGCAUCGAGUAUAGCUGAUUUCAUUCCCACUGAUCAUCAAGCCAGUGGGGUGUUGAAGGUUCUAAAUGACUUAGGAGUUUGUGAUGGAAUAAGCAAGAGCUUUGAUCAAUCUGUUGACAAUCAGCCACUAGCUGUGCAUCUUGAGAAAUUGAAAAAAAUGAGAGAAAUUGUAUAAACAAUAAUUAUUGAAGAAUUAUUACUUCUUAUUUUAUAAUGUAUUGUAAAAUUUCUCCGUAUAUUUUCAGUACAUUCUCAA